GUUGUGACCUUGUCAUAACGCUGGGUCACAUGUUCUGUGUGUUUGUGCUGCAGCUGCAGAAUGAGUUCAUUCAGAACGGCAGUAAGAACUUCCGGUUCAUCCCUAUCCUGUUUCCUGGGGCCAACAAGUAUCACGUCCCGACGUGGCUCCAGAACACUCAUGUCUACAGCUGGCCUAGGGACAGAGACGACGUCCUACGUCGACUGAUGAAUGAGAAAUACAACCCUCCUCCUAUCGGGAAGCUACCGACCAUCGUCUCUAUCCCAUCUAACAGCACAGCGCCCCACUGGACUGGAGGACAGACGUCCUAG